CCUCAGCACACGCCAACUGAGCUUUGCACGCAAUUAGGGAAACGCUGGCGCACAGAUCACAGCAAGUUCAGUGAACAUAGCAGUUAAAACUGAAAAAAAACCAAAAAAUCAGACCAGUUUCACGAAACAGGAUUACUGAGUUAGCUGGAUAACUGCACUGAGUAAAACCUGGUAGCCUCCCAAAUCUGGAACAUGGACUUAAGUAAUUUGAGCUGUUCCGGGUUUUACCCUGCGCAGUUAGCCUAGGAACAGGGGACUGCAGGCAUUUCUACUGGCAGAUCACAUCGUUCAGCCCCUUCUCGGCUUUCCACUUCCCCUGCUGCCUCAAGAGUCAUUCCGACACUGUGAAAGAUGGUAGAAGAUGGGUCUGAGAACACUCACACUAAGGCUGCAACGGAGGCUAACGGAGCCAGCCCAGCCCAGACACAGCCUAAGAAGCUGAGGCUCAGUCCCAGUCUGGUGUGUGCUGCUUUCUUCAGUGCGCUGGGCUCCUCCUACCUCUACGGCUACAACCUGUCAGUGGUCAACGCGCCUGCUACGUAUAUUAAGUCCUUCUAUAACAGGACAUGGAUGGAUCGCUAUGGUGAGCCUGCAUACGGGGAGACGCUCACCCUGCUCUGGUCCAUCACCGUCUCCAUCUUCGCUAUUGGGGGGCUGCUGGGGGCCCUCGUUGUCACCGUGCUCAUAAAAGUCCUGGGCAGGCAAGGCACCCUGUUGGUAAAUAACAUAUUUGCGGUGAUUGCUGCCCUGCUGAUGUCCCUAGGGGAGAGGGCGGGGUCCUUCGAAAUGAUUAUUGUGGGGCGAUUCAUCAUCGGUGUCGACUCUGGCAUUGCCCUCAGUGCCCUGCCCAUGUACCUGGGGGAGAUCUCCCCCAAGGAAAUCCGGGGUUCGAUUGGCCAGUUCAACUCCGUCUUCAUCUGCAUGGGAGUCUUCACCGGCCAGGUCCUGGGCCUGCCUGAAUUAUUUGGACAGGAAUCCAGGUGGAACUUCCUGUUUGGCUUCCUGGCGCUCCCUGCAGUGCUCCAGCUCUGUGUUCUGCCAUUCCUUCCGGAGAGCCCACGAUUCCUGCUCAUGGAGAGACGGGAUGAAGCCAGGGCAGAGAAAGCUUUCCAGGCCUUCCUGGGGAAGGAGGAUGUGAGCGCGGAGCUGGAGGAGGUCCAUGCCGAGGGCCGCGCUCAGGUCAAUCUGCGCGCCGCGUCCGUCACCGAGCUCUUCCACAACCGCUCCGUCCGCUGGCAGGCGAUCACCGUGAUCGUCACCAUGGCCUGCUACCAGCUCUGCGGCCUCAACGCUAUAUGGUACUACACCAAUGGGAUACUUGCGGAUGCAGGCUUUCCGCGGAGUGUGGUCCCUUACAUCACACUGAGUACAGGAGGGGUGGAGACACUGGCUGCUAUCUGCUCGGGCCUGGUCAUUGAACGCGUGGGGCGGAGGCCGCUGCUCAUCUUUGGCUUUAGCGCUAUGGCUGUUUCAUUUGGCCUGCUCACCGUUUUCCUCAAUUUCCAGGACCGGGUCUCCUGGAUGCCCUACCUCAGUUUCGCCUGCAUCCUGGCGGUCAUCGCCUCUUUCUGCUCCGGCCCAGGAGGGAUCCCCUUCAUCCUGACGGGGGAGCUGUUUGAACAGUCAUAUCGACCAGCAGCCUUCAUGAUCGCCGGGACCAUCAACUGGCUCGCUAACUUUGCUGUGGGGCUCCUCUUCCCAUUCAUCCAGGAGGCCCUGCAGACCUUUGCUUUCCUGGUGUUCCUGGUGGUCUGUGUGCUGGGGGCAGUGUUCCUGUACUUCAUUCUGCCCGAGACCAAGAACAAGACCUUCAUGGAAAUCAGCCAGAGCUUUGCCAAGAUCAACAAAGUCUCAGACUCCACUCCUGACAAGGAGAUCGAGAUGGCACUCUCCAUCACACCACAAACCAAGGAAACCUCAAAUGGAACAGUGAGAAGCAUCAUAGAAAUUGAGAGCUCAUUCUAAAAGACUGAUAAGAGGGAAAGCCAUCAGUGUUCUUAGUCAUAAUAUUGCAAAUGUCUUUUUUGUAUACAGUACUGUGCAAAAGUCUUAGGCACCCUAGAUUUUUAAAUAUAAUAUAUAGUAUAUAUUUGGUCUUAGAUGUUUAUUUUUUUUGUUUUCUGCAUUAGUGUGUCACUAGAAAAGAGCAAAUUUGAGAUUUCCAAACAUGAAUUUUCCAAAAAAUGAAAUUUUACAGAUACAUUUUUGUAUUUUGUUAAAUAAAGUAAUAUUUUAAGUAACAGACUACUUUUCAGAUAAAAACUUGAUCAAGGGUCUCUGGGAUUACCUGGAGAGCCAGAAGCAAGCAAAACAGCCAAAAUCUGUAGAAGAACUGGCAGGUUCUCCAAAAUGCUUGGAACAACCUACCAGCCGAUUUUCUUAUAAAACUGCAGGGCAGUGUACUUAAGAGAAUUGAUGUAGUUUUAAAGGCGAAGGGUGGUCACACCAAACAUUGAUUUUAUUAAGUUUUUAACUGUUUACUGCUCUUUAUAUUAUUAUUUUUUUCGAUAUUUAUAAUCUUUCAUUUCAUUAUUUUUGAAAGCAUCUUAGCUGUACAGCAUUUUUUUUUUACAGGUGCCUAAGACUUUUGCACAGUACUGUACAUAUUUAAAAAUGAAUUGCAUUAGGUCUGACUUCUCCUUUUUUGAAUACAAUGAUGAAAUCGAUAUAUCACUGUCCUUCUCUUUAAUUCAUUCCAAGUAAAGUUUCAAAUCUCCAGGGCAUAGUGAAGAAUUGAUAUGUUGGA